CAGCUCAUUGCGCACAAGAUUUAACCAGAAUAACAAUUAUCUGAUUAAACUGGAACUUUAUCUAUGUGAGAUGUUGAUUUUUUUUAGGACAAAGACUCGUCGUGUUAUUAUUGUUGUACUAAUCACGGUUGAAAUAUAUUACUUUGUUUGACUAGAUGUGUUAAGUAGCUUUUCUGAAAUAUCAUCUAUGAAUUUAACCGAGCCUUCGUUUGGGAACAGUCCGAAGGAUCUCACUUUUCUCUCUGCUAAAUAACACGUCAAAAUAUAGACAUUGUUAACAGCUGAUAUUUUUUUCGUCGCGUGUGUAUUGUCUGAAAACAGAACUGUUAAACAUAUCCGUUUUUUAAAUCGAAACAGACAUCGUCCUACAGUAAAUUUAAUUCAAUGCCGUCGAGUGCUGUUAAAGAUCUCCGGAUCUCAGUAGUCGAAAUUAAAUGUCUUGUUCUAUGUCGACUGUUGUUACGCAGUUGUGAAUGAAUGAGCACAGCCGCGCAUGCGCCAAACUCUCCCAGCGUUUAUAAACAAGGUUGCGUGCAAGAGGGUCACGUGACCAGGCUGGACGUCCGCAAACAAAGCUAUUACGUUUCCUUAAUAAAAAACUUGUCACUUCUGUUCAGUUUUGUUUUAGGUUUCUUUCGGAAUGCGUAAUGAUAUGUCUUCGCUGUGUAUUAUAAUCACACGGACACCGCAACAGACAUGUUUUAAAGCAGGAGAGAGCCUACUCAUGUGACAAGGUGUAAUAUGGUGUGGGAGGUAAAGACAGUCCCUAAAAGAGUGCAGGAAUCUGAGACAGAGUGUUCCGGCAUGGAUGAGGGCUUUGACCUGCUCAAGUGUAACGAAGACCUGCCAUCUUCACCAGGCUGCCCCUCUACUGAAGGCCCUACUGAAUAUGAUGAUUUGCCAGAACUACAGGAAGUGCAGGAUGACCAGUCGUCCCCAGCCGUGUUCCAGGUAGCCACAGGUGUGUCACACGAAGAGAGGCCUGAGCACGGCUGGAGCCCACAAUCAGAAAGCAGUAGCAUCUCCCACACAAACUGGCUCACAGAGCUAGCCAACAUCGCCACCAGUCCCCAAAGUCCUUUAGUGCAGAGUGCACCACACCCCAGGUCUUCGCCUGUGCACAUCUUUGCCCACAGUAACAGUUUACAUUCCUAUGCUCGGCCUCCGUUGGCCUCCAGCAGUGCUCCCAGUCUUGCUCGUAGCCACAUGAGGGAGCGUCGCCGCACGAGGGCUAGCAGUGAGUCUGAGUCUGGGUUAUUCUGUAUGUCUUCACUGUCUGAUGAUGAUGACAUGGGAUGGUCUCAUUCUUGGCCCUCCACAGUCUGGCACUGCUUUCUGAAAGGCACACGCCUGCGUUUUCACAAAGGGCCAAAUGUGGAGUGGCAGGAGGUAGAGGACAUGGCUGAGUCUGAGGAUGAGUCUGAUGAUGAAGGAGGCAUGCACCUCAGUCCUAUUAAAACAUAUGGAUGUGAGGGGUUGAAACUUGUGGCCCUGGAGGAGACGGUGUCAUUUGGCCAGUCGGUUCUGAAAUUAACCUUUGACCCUGGUUCUCAAGAGGCUGGUCUUCUAACUGCUGAGUGCCAAUUGGACCAUCCAUUUUACGUGAAAAAUAAAGGUUGGUCCUCCUUUUAUCCGAGCCUUACUGUGGUGCAGCAUGGCAUUCCCUGUUAUGAAAUGCAGGUUGGGGACUUGUGUCUACCUCCAGGACACCGUGAUGCCAUCAACUGUGAUGACUCAACUGUUUUUGACACCUUCAGGAGUUAUGACUUCACCCCUCUGGACUCAUCUGCGGUGUAUGUGCUGAGCAGUAUGGCACGCCAGCGAAGAGCAUCCCAGUCAAGCGGGGGCACUGUGAGCCCUGACUGUGACAAGCUGGAGCGUUCUGGCUCUUCCCAUCACUCCCCCAGUAGCAAAUCACAACGUAGCCACUCCUCAGGGGGAAGUGGAGCCACGCCCACAAAAUGCAAACGGCCAAUGAAUGCUUUCAUGCUUUUUGCUAAGAAGUAUCGAGUGGAGUACACGCAGAUGUAUCCUGGAAAAGAUAACAGAGCUAUUAGUGUGAUUCUCGGUGAUAAGUGGAAGAAAAUGAAGAAUGAGGAGAGAAGGAUGUACACCAUGGAGGCUAAAGCACUGGCUGAGGAGCAGAAACGCCUCAACCCAGAUUGCUGGAAACGCAAGAGAACCAACUCGGGUUCUCAGCAGAACUAGCCAUUAAACAGGACUGGGAGCGAUUGACAUCACCUAUGGCAUGUAUCCGCCUGUAGAGAGGAGACUUAACUGUGAUGAUAAAAACCUAGAAAGCAUCAUUACAGCGAUACAUACAUAUGUGUAUUUGUGCGUGUAUGUAUAUAUGUGUGUGUGUGUGUGUGUGUGUGUAUAUAUAUAUAUAUAUAUAUAUAUAUAUAUAUAUAUAUAUAUAUAUAUAUAUAUACAUACACACACACACACACACACACACACACACAUAGAUAUAUUAUAAAACAUUAUGAAGCAUAUUGAAAUAUCUAUGAAACUAACAGCGCAUAUAUUUUUCUUAUUCUUUCAAAAAAUUAUGAAAAUGCCUUAUUCUUCCAAAGUAAGAUAAUGCUCACUUGUACUUUCAGGUAAUUUUGUAUUUCUAUGCUUGAAAGGUGAGACCCUGUGGUGCUAUUUUAGUGAGAGCAAAGGAGCAGUAUACAUAGCAAAAAAGUAUAUUUUUAAAUGUAAAAAGGAAUUUUAGAUGCUAGUCAGCUUGUUUUACAGUUGUUCAUAUGAGUUGUAUGUAUAACUCAAAAUAUUGCACAGACUCAUUGUAUUGCAAAUAGACAAAUGUUGAAUUUCAUGUUCAUCAGUGUACUGGGAAUGGUUGUAUUCUGAAGACACCAGCCUAGACCAUGAACUGUGUGGGAGAAUGAGCAAUGUGCGUAUGGGUGUUUGUGCACCCUCCAACCGGCCAUAUUAUAGUGCAUAACAUGCUUUUACACACACACACACACACACACACACACACAAACACAAACAUUUACUUGAUCACAAAUAAACACACAUACAUGACAAUACACAUUCACUCUCACAUGCAGCACUUCAGGGCCAUGCCUUCACUGUAAGUGUUUUGUUUUUGCACUUUACGUACAUACAUAAACUUGUACAACCAGUAAAUGUAUACAAACUGAUAUAUUGUGUAUAAAAUUAUAUAUAUACUUUACUCACAAUCAUGGCCAAACUGUAUAGUUUAUUUUCUGCUUUGCAGGGCUGCCAUCACAUUAGAGAAAAAGAGUUGUUGAUAAUGUACAGGUCCAUGUUCCCAUUCUGUUCUUGCACAAAAUAUUCUUGUAUCAUAUUAUAAAUAAAAUUUUAAAAUUAUUGUACACUCA